CAGCUACUAAACUAAGAAGCAACAGGCAGCAUGACCGAUUCUCCCUGCGCAGGACAGUAGCGUUGUCACAUUCUCUAUAAAGCACCAUGGGGGCCCGAGUGUGGUUACUCCUCUUCCUUGUGAAUGGAUUUGCAGCCGUUCUGCACCCACAGCUGCUCUCCUCCUGCCAUGUGCUCAAGCGGGUUGCAAAUUGCACCAAUUUGAACCUGACAAGUAUCCCACACUGGCUGCCUCCUGACAUCCACAAGGUAGACCUGUCACACAACUUCCUCCAAAACCUCACAGACAUCCUGCCUUUCUAUCCAGCCAUCCACCAGUUCAGUCUACACUCCAACAGGAUCCAGUUCAUCCAGCCAGGUCUCUUCAGAACCAUGAGCCACCUACAGGUUCUGGACCUCUCACGGAACCAGCUGGACCUUUAUGCAGCUCUGAAAAUACCCAUAGGGCCACUCACCUCUGUCCAGGAACUGGACCUGUCUGGGAACGGUCUCUACACAGAUAUGAGUGACUACUUUCUGGGAGAUGCCCCUGCUCUCACUAACCUCUCUUUAAAUGGAAACAGCAUCACCAAAAUAGGCAAAAGCACUUUUAUAGGCUCCCCAGCACUGAGAAACAUAGACUUACACAACAAUGUCAUUUUAGAAAUUGAAGAGGGCACAUUUGACUCCCUGCAGCAUCUUGUCGAGCUCGAUUUAUCGAUGAACUCAAUCUCAUGUAUCACCAACUUUAAUCUCUACCAUCUGAAUUCACUGAACUUGAGCAAGAACAGCAUGAUGUCCUUCCAGAGCGUCAUCACGGAUCAGGACUUCCAGCUGCUCUACCUGGACCUGAGGGAGAACAAGAUCCACUAUUUCCCCAUGCUGCCAAGCAAGAACAAACUCAUCUACCUGGACCUGUCGCGGAAUCAGUUGCACAGUGUGAACAGCACCGAUGCAGACGAGGAGCUGCAGUGCCAGAAACACAGGGACGAGCUAAUGUGCGAACACCGCCAGAACUGCAAAUUCCCCCCAGAGCUUUGCAAGCUCCUCUACUUGGACCUAAGCUACAACCAGCUCAAGUCCAUUCCCCCAGACUUCUUUGGCAGCAUGGUGGCUCUGGAGUUGCUGAACAUCAGCAACAACUGUCUCGAGAGUUUUAUGGUGGACCAGGGGAGCCCAUUGAACAAGCUGAAGACUCUCGACCUGAGCUUCAACAACCUGCAGAACCUGUCAUUCGGAAAUUGUACGCUGAGGAAGCUGGAGGCACUCUACCUGCAGGGCAACUCGCUCAGCACUCUCCAUCCUGGGAUUUUCCAAGUUCUUCCUAGUAUCAAAACCCUACACUUGCAACAAAACCAGCUGAGUGUCUGUGGCCUAGAGAAACAUCUCAGCUGGAGCUGUGUCUAUCUCUCAUAUAUCCCUACACUCCAAUACCUCUACCUCUCUGAAAAUGUCCUUCUUUCCUUGCCAGCACAUGCCUUCCAGUGCAGCCAGUUGCUCAUCCUGGACCUGUCCCUAAACCCUGGAGUAGAGAUAAAUGCACAUGCUUUCUCAGGCUUGGAGAGCUCCCUUACCCAACUAUCACUGAGAGGGAACCAACUCCAGACACUUAGCACUGACCUUUCACUCCUGCGCUACCUAAAAGUGGUGGAUUUGUCCAGCAAUCGGCUCACCAGCCUGCUGCUGGGCAGUAGAGACACUGCCAUCGAGAGCCUGAACCUGCAGAACAACAGUGUGGUAACCUUGGAAGCACACACCCUGGAGACCCUAGAGAGCACGCUCAGAAGCCUCUACAUGGGCUCGAAUCCCCUCAGCUGCUGCCGAAACAUGCACCUCAUCGAACUGGUGCAGCAGAACAGCGUACAGAUCCCUGACAUUGCUUUGGUUACAUGCAAGUACAGAAAGGACACUGAGUAUGUGGAGAUUAACCUUAGGAAUGUACAAAGUGAGCACUGUGAAACUCUGAAUAGCAAAGUGCUUGUGAUUAGCAUGAUCACUGUGCUAGCUUUAGGGCUAAUGGUGGUUUUGCUGGUUGCCAUAAGGUUGUGCCACUCGAAAGGUCACAGAUUCAACCACAGCUACAAGGCCUAAAAAACUUCUGAAGGAAAACCAAGAAAGGAAACUGAAGGUUCUACAUCUCACACAGAUGCAGUGACAGUCACAUGAGUUCAGCAACAAGCCCUUUUGCAGAGCUACACUGAACUCCACUAUGUAGGAAAUGGUUCAGAUAACAAAAGGUUAAAACACUAGGACCAGUCAAUGUCCAUCUAUGUCAGGCUAUGGCUCAGAAUGUCAGCAUCAGCAUGAGUUAAACAAGAGAUCUGUCCUCUUGAAGAUGUUGGAUACAUAUGGUCUCAUGAGAAUCCUGACUUAAUGAGACAGUGGUAAUCAUUGAAAAAAUGACAAAUGAAGGAUAAUAAUUGCUGUGUGCAAUUGCAUAUACAAACUUUUUGAAGGACUUUUGCUUUCAUGGCAAUACUGUGUUUUUAUAUGAUCACUACAUUCCCACAGGGCUGGUCUUGGCUUGCUGGCUCACUCUUUUGCACUUUAAGGACUGUAAUAUGUGAAUAUAAAAGCUAUGUAAAAUGUAAUGUGUUUGUACUGUACUUAAAUGUAACUAAAACCCAUCAAACACUAUAGUCAAUGCACAUGCUAUAUUUUGACGGAUUUUAAGAAAGAUCUGGGGGAUGUAGAUUACAGCCGUAUUCAUGGAUUAAUGAGAUGACUAAGGCUUUGUCUUAAGUUAGCCUUUAAAGUAAGUUAGCUAGGCCAGUAGCAUUCACAUGUGAGUGGGAUAACCUAUGAACUUGACUUAACGUAGCUUUGAGUUAUCUAGCUUACAAAGGGUUUCAGCUGUUUUAUAUGCCCCUUGGUGCAUUGUGGUUCAAUCUAAAGGCCAGUGGCGUGGUAGUCAUGGGACCAGAUGAAGAUGCAGAUCGUGGAGUGUGUGUGGGGGGUGCGUGAUAUGAUUUAGCCACGCCAGGGCAGAGGAAGUACUGCUGUCUGGACACCUGCAGUAAAAACACAGCAUGUUUUCACAGCUUUAGGGUCACUGCAGAUAGCUUUCCUGUUAUUGAUUCACUCUCUCCAACUCUCCCUGAACAAGACAUGUGUUGAUGCAGGACAAAAAUGCAAUUCACUGCAAGAAUAUUAUAAUCGAUUUACAUCUUCAAAUAGUGAAUGUAUUUCAUAUCACAUGUCACAUUUGGCCUCACACUUUCCGUAUUUACUCAAGCUGUGACUGAUGCAUUAUACCUCCCACUUAUUUAUUAAUAGAGAACUGUGGAGGAAGCAGAUUGGAUCUACUGUCCAUAUGUGGAGCGGGCAUGACUGAAAUAGACAAGAGGAAAUCCCUGUGUGUUUGCAUGUGUCAUCUGCUCGCGUAUAAAUAGGAACUAAUUUCACAGCCUGUUGAGUCGAUAACGAGAGAGCUGUUUCCUCAUGGUCACUACCACUUCUUGCAUCCUCCUACGCAAUCUGCAAAUACCGAAACCAGCAGUUAUCACACACACACACACACACACACACACCCACACACCCAAAACCACUCGGUUCUGCAGAGAUCGUCUCUGUAUGUUCUCAGUCUCCUGCUUCAUUUCAGUAAAUGUUUGUGCUUUUUGAAGGAGUUAUAAUAAAUCUGUAUAAAGAAUGUAAAUUAAUUAGAUAUAUAAUUGUAGCAGAGAUAUAUUUAUAAAGUUCUGUAUUUUCCUAAAUAAAUGACCUGUCCUACA